AUGUGGGUGGGACUCUUGUUUAGUGUGAUGAGCAUGUCUGCAUAUCUUCAACAACAAGAUAAUGAAGCGCAUGGCUUCACACCGAUCGAUUCGAAUAACAUGAUGGAGAGUUACCGAAAUCUCACCAUCCAGUGUCUGGUUGCUGGUGAUUAUUUACGACCGAGUAGGUACACCAUUGAAACAUUAUUUCUACAUUUUGCGCUCGAACAGAAUGUGAGUCUCGAUACCCAUCUCGGUAACUGGAUCUUGGUUGGGGUUAUAGUUCGCAUUGCGUUUCGCAUGGGACUACAUCGUGAUCCAUCUCACUGGCCAAAUAUCCGCCCAUUGAAGGCAGAACUGAGGCGGAGGGUCUGGUUGGCAUUGUAUCAGGUGGACUUUUUCACAAGCACACAAGUCGGGUUGCCUCGUAUCAUCAAAGAUGCCCAGUGCGAUACACGCCCGCCAUUAUCUUUGCUCGAUACAGACAUCGGGCUUGAGAAUGACGAUUAUCCUCCUGAACGGCCAUCAACAGAACCUACUCCGCUGUCGCAUCUCAUACACAGGUACUCAAUUAUCAAAGUCACGGCGGAGAUUUAUGAAUUGAAUGAGGCAGAGACUCCGUCGCCUGUCGCUACUUCCUUGUUGAGUGCAAAAAUAGACAAAGCUGUGGCGUCUAUGCCCACAUGGUUGCGACAUAAGCCUCUUGAGUCAUCAAUUGCAGAAAAUCCUUUGACCAUACUGCACAGAAUCAACCUAGACAUCCUCAUACAGAAGGCUACAUAUCUCCUGCACCGAUGGAGCUUCAUGAAAGUGCCGUCAACUAGAGAAGAAGAAGGCACGAAAUCGAACGAGAUAUGCAUCAAAGCCGCCCUAACCAUUUUGGAUCAUCAACGAAGAAUUAACGAGGAAAUAAAACCCGGCGGCCUCAUGUUUGCGAUCCGCUGGAGGGUCAUUCAUGCACUGAAUCAUGAGUUUUUGCAAGCCACUAUGAUGUUGUGUUUCGCUUUGAGUAGAUUGAACGACGGUGGCGAUAGUAUAACAACGAAUUCAUACGCGAUGCAUCGACGGAAAGACAUAAUAGACGCGUUGGUCAUUUCCAAAGGGAUAUGGGAGGAGAUUGCUGAUCGCUCCGUGGAAGCGCAAAGGGCGGCAAAGACUAUCAGCAGCGUUUUUCUCAAAGAUACGGAAGAUCCGGGCUUCCCAACUAUAGCAUCUUCAAACGGACUAUUUGAGCAGAUGCCCGAAGCUUCUGGUCAGGAAUACCUUGGUGGGUUCGAUAUUGGGAAUGAUAUCGCUGUAGAUCCGUCGUUUCUGCAGAUGUAUGAUGAUGCGACUUUUGAGGGCAUGUUGGACGACUUCGUUGCUGAGCAAUUCUGCGAGCCCGGAGUCUUCUGCCAGACAAUGAGAACGAAAAACUCGGUUUAUAUUAAGCCGAUUGUCACUCGAGACAGAACCGGAAUCGAAGUGCCAGAGCUUGGAGCUGGUGGAGGAAAAGGAGAUCUGUAUCAGAUCCAUGAACUAGAGUUGCCCGAUGAGAUUACGCUUCAGAAACUCGAGGCACUGCUAUCAGAGCACAUCACGGAUGAAUCAGUACUGUCUCAGACAAAGGACUUGUUGAAAUUGGCUUUCACCUCGAAGCAGAGAGCACUUUCGCUGGACGAAUAUGGACUUGCUGAGGAUGCCGAUAUUCCGCUGAAAGAACUCGCCUCAAUGUUGGGCAACACAAGGAAUGUAAGCGAAUCUAGAUCAUUUCAAGAAAAGUACUCAGACAAGACCACCAUUACAUUCCCCUAUUCUCGUCAUUCUUCUUAUGCGGAACUCUGUGAGGUUGUGAAGGCCUUUAAGCCAAAAGACGUGUUCCCUUGUACAGUUGAUGGAAAGAAAUGGGAUGAAUCAGUCUCUAUGGAAGGAUUAUUUGGACAUUUGUGCUCGGGUAAGAAGUUCGCCCACGAUCAACAUAUGCGUGGUACGCGAGUAGAAAAUAUACUGGGUCCUGAAAGCAAAAGAGCUCGUUAUACUAUGAUGCGUGAGGCCAGACUUCAGUUGCAGGCAAUGGGGGACAAGGUUCAAUUUGAGAUUGGACCUUUGCCACGAGAUGCGGAUGAGGUUCUUGGAGAAGAUUCUCAAAGUUCCUAUCAGACGACAAACGCCCUUUCCACCAUUAGUCGUGACGAUAGUGAAAACCCGUCCACCGUGGGCUCAAUGGCACACAUCAUUGAUGAACAGCAAGCCGAGAUCGAGCUUCCACCAGUAGUCGGAAGCGAGAGCCAAGAAACAAUAUCCGAAUUGCUAGGCGAAUCUCAAGAAACAGGGAACGAGGCAUAUCACGACCGUGUUCGAGCAUACCAGGCUGCGAUGACUGGAACAUUUGACGCGUGGAAUGAAAUUUCUCUGGUAUCUGCAGGGGAUAAUCAUGCAGAAAAGGAGGUUGAACUAUGA